AACGCUAGAUAACGUGGAUAGCAACGGUAGCUCGCACGAAGGGUUUACGUGGCGCUGGGUUAUUGUGAAAUAUUCCAAGUAUAACCAAAUAUAUACGGGCGACAGAAACUGAGCAAGUAAAUCAUUCCCCCCAACUGUAAGGAUCUCACGGGACACGUAACGGAGACACCACAGUCCCACGAUGUUUGUUCGAAGUCGACACAGUGUUGCCAAUGGGAUUAUCUCGGCUCUUGUUCUUGGAUGCGGCAUAUCGCUGAGUGUUCUGAUUGGUGUGUUGUUCAAGAGGGAGAUGGACAUCUAUAACAGCAUACUAAGUCAGAUGGAUACGUUCUACGUCAGACCUGGUUUAGGCUCAACACCAGUGUGGCUUCUCGGCUUCGCAUACAUUGUCCCUGGUCUGCUUGGAGCCAUUUCCGGAUGCGCCAGAUUCAAAUGUUUGUACAUCGUACACAUGGUGUUUUCUAUCCUCACCCUCCUCGUCAUGGGCAUCUUCGUCAUCCUUGGUAUCAUUGCCAUUGGGGCCCUGGUGUCCACGCCUCCAAGUUCCUGUAUUACAGAAGGCAAUCUCUGCACUUGUAACAGUGGAUCCUCGAAUCCAAUCAAGUUCGACUGUGACUACGUCACAAGCGUGGCCGGUUUAGGGGUGGGCGCUGUUGUGGUGAUCGUCCUCGGCUGGAUCUUCACCCUCGUCAGCACCAUCUUGUCUGGCAUCCUCGCCUGCAGAAGCGAGAUUCCCCAGCGAGUUGACAUGCAUACCAUGCCCCCACAAGCCUACGUGGUAAACAACCAAGGCUACAGCGUAAAGUACUGAUGUCCCUGUCAUCUGUCUCUCACACAGCAUCACCGUUAACCGACCGCUAAAACCCAAGGAGCCUGUAAAUUAUGGAUCUGUAAAUAAAUCAAAACAGAAUAAAAUGCCAACUGAUUAAUAUCAGCAUCGGUUUUGAGAAGUCGGCUCAAGGAAUAACAUUCCGAUUUUAUAUUUAGUCCAAAGGGUAGUUUUCUUAUUCGAUAUUACCAAAGAAAACCAAUAUCAUUUUAAAAAGACAACUUGAAUUUACUGAAUCUAAACAAAAGUUUUAUCGUAUAUAGUAGAUUGUCCCCAAAUGGGAACUACAAGGCUUUUGCUUUUUUCAAAGAGAUACUAAAGGAAUUGUUCAACCUUCUUCAGUUGUAUUAUUAGAAAGUUAAAAGUAUAUAAAUACUAACAGGCCAUAUAACAAUACCUUCAACAAUUGUUCCUUUUAGACAUGCAGCGUGUUACGUGCCCCUUAAUAUAACAGCUGUUGAGAUAGGCCUAUAUUAUGAUCAUGAAUAUUCACGCUGACGUUUAAGUUCCGGAUAUAUAUAGUCUAGCUUUUAAAUCGUUUCCACAUGUAAAUAGUAAAUAUAUAUCAAUUAAUAUGAAAUCAAACCCAACCAUCAUGAACACGUGUCCCCAAAUAUCAAAUGACGUUGCCUCCACUUUCAUUAAACCGAAUUUCCCUUUUCCGCUUUUUUUCGAUACAAGGGAAUAAAAUAUUACUUAACAGUUAUGCGUUGUUUGGUACCGGAGGGGCAGGGUACGCUGACAUUUUCGCGAACACAUGAUAUCGUCACUAUUUUAUGGUGAUUCAUAAACACAUGCUCAUGAUAUAGUCUUGAGUCGUACUAUGAACUCAGCUUUUAGCAGAUAUUUCUAAAGGAAAUGACUUUUGCCGCUUGUAUAACUCUGUCAGCUUUGAAUAUUUAUGCACUGAACAACUUUUAACACGCUAUUGUCAAGAAUCAUUUGGCAUUGAUUACAUGCUUCUCUGACAUUCCACACGAGUCAUUUCAUCAUUUGUUUUUGACAAUUAUUUUGUUGAUACAAUGUUUGAUUGUAAACAUAAUUUAUCAUUAAAAUUUUAUAUACAUAAAA